AUGCCGUCAGAGCAGCGGCGGGUGCCGAACCCGGGACCCGCCGCGGAGAAGCAUCGCCCCUUCUGCUUGAGCGUGAAAGGCUUGGUGAAGAUGAUACGGCUGGCACUAUCCACGACGUCUUUGACAUUUUUUACCAUGGCGGAAGCCCCUGAGCCGUAUAUCGUCACCACUGGAUUUGAAGUCGUCACUAUUUUCUUUUUUAUAAUUUUGUAUUUAUUGAGACUUGACCGAUUAAUGACAUGGUUAUUUUGGCCUUUGCUUGAUAUUAUCAACUCAUUGGUAACGACAGUAUUCCUGAUCAUUGUAUCUGUGUUGGCACUGAUACCAGAGACCUCAAUGUUGACAGUCCUUGGAGGGGUGUUCGGACUCCUCUCGGCCGUGAGCUGUAUUGCGGAUGCGGUCCUUAUUUACCGGAAGCUUCUGUUUAACCCGAGUGGUCCUUAUCAGAAAAAGCCUAUUCAUGACCAAAAACAUGCUCUGUAA